AUGGCGUUAGUGAAUGCUAUGGUUGGAGCCGCUCUGCAACGGGAGCGUGUUUUUCGCGACAGAUCCAAUCCUUUUGAACUGUAUGAUGACAGAGAUAUGUUCAGAAAAUACCGAUUCACCAGAGAUGGUCUGGAUGUUGUACAAUAUGAGCAUACGAUUGAGUUAAUCAAUAUCUAUAUAUAUAUAUAUGUACAUAUAUUAUUUCAUUUGUUAACACAAUAUAUCGGAUACUUGGUUAAAACAACAAAGCAAGUUCUUAUUCCUUGCAGGCAAGCUUCAUUAGCCUUAAUCUCAAAUGAAGAGAGUCUGAAUAUUCAAACAAUUCUUUUUUUAUCAAUCAUUUUUCUACAGUUCAUUAAAUUUCCCUGCACACAAGAAGAAGUGCGUGAUACCCAAAGACGUUUCUUCCUCCUGGCAAGCUUUCCCAACGUGGUUGGGGCUAUUGACGGUACUCAUGUUCGGGUCAAUGGAGUCCCCCUAGGAGCAGCCGAACAUCUCUAUGUAAACAGAAAGGGCUUCUACAGUAUAAAUGUCCAACUAACAUGCAAUGCCCGGUAUGAGAUAACAAGCAUUUCUGCUCGAUGGCCUGGAUCUACGCACGAUAGCAGGAUUUGCAGGACCAGCGUAAUUGCCCAGGCCUUCAGAGAAGGAGCACUAAAUGGAUUGUUGCUGGGGGACUCUGGCUACGGCCUCCAAUCGUGGCUAAUGACACCGGUACCACUGCCAAGAACACGAGGAGAGAGAAGAUACAAUCAAGCUCACAGUUGCACCAGAGUUGUGAUAGAACAAGUCAACGGACAAUUGAAGUCUAAAUUCCGUUGCCUGAUUGGUGGAGGGCUCAACAUGAUUCCUGAACGAGCGAGCGAUGUGAUAACGGCAUGUGCCUGCCUUCAUAACAUAAGCAAGCAGAUGAAGCAGCCAGAGGUUGAACAGGAGAGGGUUGACGACGACGCUGAUGAUGAAGCCAACGACCUCAAUGAAGAGGGGGAUGCCAUGACAGGAAAACAAGUUAGAGAUGACAUCAUUCGUAGUUUUUUUGCAUAAAUCAACUGUCAGUUUGUCAUCCUUUAAAUUUACUUGUACCAAACUUUAUCUGUCGUCGGUUUUAAUACCAAACUUUUGAAGAAAAAGUCCUUUACUAUUGUCUGGUUGCUAUAAAAUGCCUAAUCAUCAAUUGUAAGUUUUCAUUUGAAACCAUAUCUAAUUAAACAAA